UUUUGAAUCACAUAACAAAGUCUCACGAUGGAAUUUUCUAUUGUCUCUCAUCAAUUGUCACAAACAUUAUUUUGGUCACUCAUACCAAUGUUAUUUAUCUUAACACUCCUCAUCAAAAUCUUCCUCAAACUAAAUCAUCAGAAAACUCGUAUAUCUAAAAAGUUUACACUCCCUCCAGGUCCCAAACCUUGGCCUAUAGUUGGUAACAUUCCUGAGAUGUUGGCAAAUAGGCCUACAAAUAGAUGGAUACAAAAGAUUAUGAAUGACCUCAACACAGAAAUUGCAUGCAUCCGUUUAGGUAACAUUCAUGUCAUUCUAGUCAGCAGUCCUCAAAUUGCACGUGAGUUUUUUAUAAAACAAGAUGCAAUUUUUGCUUCAAGACCCAUUAGUUGGUCCAACGAGUACAUUGGUGGAUUUAUGACCACAGCACUCAGCCCAUUUGGAGAUCAAUGGAAAAAAAUGAAGAAAAUAAUUAGCAAUGAAAUAGUUUCCCCUUUAAGGCAUCAAUGGCUUCAUGACAAAAGAGUGAAAGAAGCUGAUAAUCUAGUACGUUAUGUUUACAAUCAAUGCAAAAAAAAUGGUGGCCUUGUGAAUGUGAGGGAUGUGGCACGACAAUAUUCAGGGAAUGUCAUUAGGAGGUUGAUUUUCAAUAUAAGGUACUUUGGAAAUGGUAAUGAAGAUGGUGGUCCUGGUUUAAUGGAAAUAGAAUAUGUAGAAGCAGUUUUCACUGUGUUAGAGUGCCUUUUUGCUUUCUCUGUUUCUGAUUUCAUGCCAUGCUUAAUAGGCCUUGACUUGGAUGGACAUAAAAAGAAAAUUAAGAAAGCUUGUAAGACCAUGAAGAAAUAUCAUGACCCCAUCAUUGAGGAAAGAAUUCAACAAUGGAAGAAUGGGAAAAAGAUAAAGAAAGAAGACCUUCUUGAUGUUCUCAUCUCACUCAAAGAUGCACACAACAAUUCCCUUUUAACUCAACAUGAAAUUGAGUCUAAUGUUUUGGAUUGGACACUAGCAGCCAUUGAUAAUCCAUCAAAUGCAGUCGAAUGGGGACUUGCUGAAAUGAUAAAUCAACCGGAGCUACUUAAAAAAGCCAUAGAAGAAUUAGACAGUGUAGUUGGAAAAGAAAGGUUGGUGCAAGAAUACGAUUUUCCCAAACUAAACUAUGUGAAGGCUUGUGCCAAAGAAGCUUUUCGACUUCACCCGAUUAGCGAUUUCCUUAUUCCCCAUGUUGCGAUGAAAGACACUGUGGUUGCUAAUUACAUUAUCCCAAAAGAUAGUCAAGUGAUAUUAAGGAGACAAGGAAUUGGUCUAAACCCUAGAGUUUGGGAAGAACCACUCAAGUUCAAACCUGAAAGAUAUCUUAAAGAAAAUGGUUCUAAUUUGAGUUUGGCAGAUACAAGUUUGGACACAUUAAUAUUUAGCACAGGAAGGCGUGGGUGUUCAGGAAUUCUGCUUGGAACUUCAAUGACUAUUAUGCUAUUUGCAAGGUUGCUCCAUGGAUUCACUUGGAGUGUGCCACCCAAUCAAUCUAGCAUUGACCUCUCUGAAUCUCAUGGAGGAACUACCAAAGCUAAGCCACUUGUGGCAUUGGCAAAGCCAAGGUUACUACCAGAGGCUUAUCGCUUAUAUUAAAUAUAUGUUUGAAUUGGUGAGGGUUUGGUAGAAUCAUAGUGUGUCAAUGUAACUUUUGUAAAAUUAAAUUAUACUUUGAAACUUCAACAAAAUCACAAUGUCAUCGUGAUUUUUUCAAAUUAAUUUGAUUCUAAAGAUACAAUAAGUCAGUGAUCCCAA